ACAUUGAUAUUGUUUAGUUAUAUAUAGCAGGACUUGAUAUUCUUAAAAAUCUGACAUUGUCACAUUGUGCAGUUAUACCUGUGAUAUGGAAGAAGGUGAAAUAAUCACUGAUAAAUCUGCCAAUCCCUCCAUUAUUUCUAAUGAUGAUGAUAGUGAGUUAACUGAAAGUAAUGUUGAGGAAAAACUAGAAAGUGGGGAUCAAUCACUGGAACCUGUGGAAGCUGGAUUACCUGAUAAAAACAGUGAAACAAAUGAGAAAGAUAAUGUUAACAUUUCCAGUGAAACUAAUGUUGAUACAGUGAAAACAGAACCUGAUUUUGUUGCUAAAUUAAAUGAAAAUUUAUCUGAAAUUAAAGAUGAACCAAGCAGGUCAUUGGAACAAGAUAUUUCUGAUGUCAAAGAUGAAAUUAAAUCGGAUUAUGAUAAUCAAACUAGUAAGAUGACAUAUGAUACUGAUCAAACAUCUAAACCAAUCGACAACACGAUUAAAGUGGAAAGUGAUGGACAGAAUUUGGAUGGUGCGGUCAUGGUUCAGGACACUACUGAAACUGAAGAGGGUGAACUAGAUGAUUCAAAUGAUGAAAAAGAUAAUGUUCCUGAUGAUUUAACAACAAAUAACAAUAUUGCAAUCAAUGAAACUGCUAGAACAAAUAUUGAAUCGAAACCAGAAAAUACAUCGGCUGGUGAUGGAAUAAAACGUUCAGAAUCAGUAAAUGAUGAUCCAAGAGGGUAUGGAAUAGAUGAUAAUAGACCGGAUGAUCUUGAACAAUUGGACUAUGAUGAGGAUGACACUGAUAUUAGAAUAAAAAACACAGAUUUGUCAACUGAUGCGUUUCGUGUAAUUGAUCGUGCCGUAAAAGAAAGAUCUGAUGGUGAAGUUGAUAGUGAUAGCGAUGGUGAACUUAAAAGUGAUGGAGAAGAUUUUGAAGAAGGAGAGACUAGAGAUGGUCCACAAGAUGUCCCUCAAGAACAGAAAAGACCUUGUAGAUUUUUUUUAAUGGGAAACUGUACUUGGGGUGACCGUUGUCGAUAUCUCCACCCUGGAGUAAAUGACAGAGGUAAUUAUAAUAUGUUCAGUGAUAAUGAACGCAAUAGACAAACCCAAAGGGACAUUCCAGAAUUUCAUCAACAACCCCAAGGAUACAGAGCACCAUGGGAAAAUGAACCUCCACCUUUUAUGCCCCCUCCAGUUGCUGAAACUGCUUGGGAAAAAGGUUUGAGACAUGCAAAGGAAUUAAAAAAGAGAGCUUUGCAGCGCAAAGUACAGGAGCCUGACUUUGUUCAAAAACGUGAGGUGUUAUCUCUAAAUCUGGCUUUGAAUGAGGAUCGUGAUAUGGAAUUUGUAGAUCAUAAACCUCUUGGACCAGCAAACAAAGGAUUCGAUCCAUUUCAGGAAAUUGAAGCGGAUGAAUAUGCUGUACCAACACCUGAAGAAAUGCGUCGUCAAGCGAGAAUGCAUCGUGAAAGACAGCGUGGGGGUCCACCACCCCCAAUUCGUCACCCACCUGGGAAAGACCACAGACUUCCCCCUCCAGAGCAUCUUUUACAUCCAAAAUCUCACGAAAGAAGGCCCCCUUCACCUCACAGGUUACCACCACCUGGCCAUUAUCCACCAGACAUGAGAAGAAUGUCACCACAUCAACCCAUCUAUGGCAAAGAUCGUCAUCCAAAAGAUUCAGGCUUUAUUCAUCGCGUGGAUGAGCAGAGAGAUGGAAAUCGAGAUAGACGUCCUGAUAAAGAUAUGCAAAGACCAGACCAGCAUUUGCCGUUGCAUGAUGAUCGCAGGGAAGCGCCUCGUGACCAGACCAAAGAUGAAAAGUCCCAAAUAGAUGAAUUCAAGUUAGCUGAAAACGGGGCCCCUAAUGUAAGAAGUGAUCAAUGGGUGGAUCCAUGGGCUCGUGCCCGGCCUCAAGCUAGAGGAAGAAAUAAGAAUAAAGAUUCUUCUUCAUCAUCAUCAGGGUCAAGUUCAGGUUCUUCUUCCCGUUCAUCCUCUCAUUCAUCAUAUUCAUCGAGGUCAUCUUCAGGAAGCAGCAGAUCAUCAUCAAGAUCAUCGGGUUCCUCACAUUCCAGCUCGUAUAGCAGUCAUUCAAGUAGAUCUCCAGCACCUUCGAAAGGUGUAAAGUCGAAGAAAAAAAUUCUAGCCUCCGCUAAACAACGCAAUGCCGCUGUUGGUGCACAAAAGAAAGCCCCACAAAUUGUAGGUAAAAAUACCACUGGUACGAAACCAGUAACACAAAUUAAGUCAAGCAAAGACAAACAAAUUAUUCCACAGGCCAAGGCUCCACCUGAUGUUGCCAAAAACUUUUCUAAUGCUGCCAACAAUGCAUCCCUUCCUGUACCUACUAAUCUUACCAUUAAGCCUAUUGUUGCUAAAAAAGAUAAAGCAUUGCCCAAGAAACAGAGAAAAUCCUCAAGUAGUAGUGAGUUUUCUCGGUCGGAUAGUUCAGCGUCUCCAUCACCAUCUAGAGGUAAAAACAAAAGCGGUUCUGGCUCUGAUUCUGGAAGUAGCGGCAGUUCAUCUUCUAGUUAUACUUCAUCUUCUGGUUCAUCUUCUUCAGAUUCUGAUGGAGAUAAAACAAAAUCAAAAAAAUCUGCCAAGUCUACUGGAUCAGCAGGUGGUAACAAACCUCCCACUGUUCCCAAAGUUGCUGCUCAAAAAAGUAAGGUAGCAGUUCCAUCUAAACCUGGCCGAAAAGACGUUAAAAUGACAAUCAUUGAUAAACCAGGUAUUGCUAAAGAUCGGAAACGCCCUGCUUCUGAACUUUCAGGUCAAACCAAGAAGCCACCAUCUAAUAGGAGAGUUGAAUUACUUGAACAAUUAAGGGCAGUCGAGGAUGCAAUUGCAAGAAAACGUGCAAAACUGAAUUGAUCGCGAUAAUACACAAAUGACCUUUGUUUAAAUGGUUCUUGAUGAGAUAGCACGAUGCCAAUCCAAUUAUUUGGUGACGAAUCCACCAUGAUUGUCUGAGUUUGGAGAUACCUGCUAUCAGAUGUCUUAUACUGUGUGGUGAACCUGUGUGAAACAUUGAAAGAGAGAUGAAAUGUACUGAACAUUGUCAUUGUUGCAGUAUAUAAACAUUUUUUCCAAGGUUCCAGAUUCCAACAUCAUUGAUCUUAUUCUCUAUGAAUUGAUCUGAUAUGCAGCAAAAUCUCAGCAAUGUUUGUAUGCGACUCUCCCGCAAUUAUAUCAGAUGCUAGGGAUAUGAAAGAGUUUAAAGAAACAAUUGCAUUACAACUUCCUUUUGAGUUGAGGGGAGGGUUGAUCUAUUAUAUUUAAGUGUAUGAUAGAAAAAAUCGUUUAAUUAAUAUUGUUGGUGUAAUUUGAUCUGACAUAUACUAGGUAAUAUGCCAUUUUAUUAUAGGAUAAAUCCUUCAAGCCGCAUUUUGCUAGAAUGGAAAAUUGCCAGUGCCUAUCUACACGUUUAGUCAUCUUUGUACCAACUUCUUUCGGCAAAUAUUUUUUACUACUUCAGACCAUUUGAACACCUUGUUUGAUUCCAUUAGUACGCUUCAUCUGUUUUCCUCGAAAGGCUGUAUAUAACCUAUUUAAAAAGAUUCGUUAGGAACUUAUGGCACGUUCUUAAAAAAUAUGGGACCUCCUGAAGUAUGCGCACCAAGAUGGUGCACAACCUGAACUCAGGUUGUGCACCAGGUUAAGGUUCAGGUUGUGCGGCAUCUUAGUGCGCAUACUUCAGGAGUACUAAAAUAUGUUUUCAAAUAAACAUGUAUGCUUUGAAUGUCAUUUAACUGAAGGCUAUUUAAUUUUUGAAAGGUUGAAAUUUUCCCCUAUUCAAUUGUACCAUCUACAAUAAGUUCUGUUUUAGUGCAAGAUUUGUAAUGUUGGUUACUUAAUAACUUCUGUUUAUGUGUAGCUUUGAAUAUCUUUUACAAAAGACCAUUUGUUCCUUGUUGAUAUCAUCUUAACUAGUCAUUACCUGCCGCAUUAUUUGAUGUUGACUUACAGUGUAUCAUUUUUUGCUCUUUUCUAAUAAAAUUGUUUUUAAUGAGGAAAAGUGCUCUCACUA